AUGUGACAUCAUUCAUGCUAGCUUGACGGGCGGAUAUCGGAGCUGGGGCGUUUAAGUGCUGAACACUUCCAACCCCGACGACUGUGUUUGUGGCAUCUGUCAAGCAGAUUUUUCUGGCUUGUUUUCGGUCUUUCGGCGUCUUCGAGGUUUCCGAGCGACGAGUUGAACUCUCGGAGUGAAAGUCAACUCAGGAGGAGUUCUUGUUCUGUCAGAUUGUCGCCAUGGACCCUGCCAGUCAAGAUAUCAACCUGAACUCUCCUCAUAAGGCUCAUAGCAUGGAUCAUUCAGACGCGCUGUCUGACAUGCCUGCUGGAGGAGCAAUGGGAAACUCUGCUCACCCUCUUCCCCCCGGAGUGACAGAAGAAGAAGCUGAGGAGCUCCGCUCUGAGCUCACCAAGGUGGAGGAGGAGAUCAACACCCUGCGUCAGGUUUUGUCCGCCAAAGAGAGACACGCCUCAGAGCUCAAGAGGAAGCUUGGCCUAACCCCCCUUGAUGAGCUGCGGCAAAAUCUCACCAAGAGCUGGCAGGACGUACAGACCUCCAACGCAUAUCUCACUGCCUCAGCCACUUUGGAUGACAUUGCCCACUCUGAAGCAUACAAGAAGACUCAGGAGACUCUGUCUCAGGCGGGACAGAAGACGAGCGCCGCUCUCAGCACAGUGGGCACGGCCAUCAGCAGGAGGCUGGGAGACAUGAGAGCUCUGCCUUUCUCUAACUCCUUUAGUAGCAACUAUUCCAUUCGCCAGUCAAUAAGUAUGCCCACCAUGAGAAACUCUCCAACCUUCAAGUCAUUUGAGGACAAAGUGGGGAACCUGAAGACUAAGGUCGUCGGUCCCCGAGGAAACGGAGACGCCGCCGGCUCGCCCUCUGACCCCCCCUCUGCUCAGGACAACCCCCCUUUUUGAGUGCCUCCUCCUCGCCGCCAUCCUCCUCCUGACCUUAGACUGUACUGGAAUCGCCUCUCAACGCUCCGUCGGCCCUGACCUCCGACCCCCCAGCUCAGCAGCUCUCUGCCGCUCGCCCCCCCCCACCCCGACAACAGCCCGCUGGAGACCCCAGAACUCUGCCUCACUGCUUUCAAAUGUUCCCUUAAACCACGUCUGCCAUGAGAUGCUCUUUACGUUCAGUCCAAGUCGUCCUCAGACGCUUACAGAUGUUUUGGUUGUCGGCCUGGGGGUGGAGCUGCGGGUGGUGGGGGGUUAGUUCCAGCAUCUCUGGGAGGGUUUACUGGGCUGGCUCCUUCCGUUCCUGAACACUCACCCUCCUGAUCACGCUUCUGUCUCUGCACACACCUCUGCAGCUGCAGACGUUACUUCCUCCUAACGUCUGCAGCUGCGCAGGCGUCUGCAACCCCAGGAUGUAAAAACCAGAAAAAUAAAACCAUUUUCUAUUACAAACUAUUUUACACUGCUUUGCAAAACGUUUUUACGUCAUUUUUAUCAACCUGUGGGAGUGUAAGGUGGUGACGGCGUUUCAGGACGGCAGGCCUAACCACACAGCCGCACCGGGAGCCGGUCGUCCCGCCACUGCCUGCUCAGUCACGCCCGCAGCUUUGUCCCCGUGCACGCCGCCCGCUGAAUGUCGGCUCUCCUGUCGCCUUACUCCCUGCUGUUUCUGAAGGCUUUGAUUUAACCAGUUUCACUAGUUGCACUAACUAACCGCUCUGCUGCAGCCGAACCCGCUGGAGGCCCAGAAACACUAAAACACCUCCACCUCCAACCAGAAUGAAUUCCCCUUUCCCCUAAAGAUUCACACUAACUGCUCUUUUCUGUGAAGCGCUGCAGACUUUGACUCUUCACGCCGCGUUCGGAUCCGUCUUUAUCACCACCGCGGUUCAGCCCGGCAGCCGUUUGGACAACCGUCCAAUCAGAGCGGCUUUUUCAGGCUACAAACUCAGUGAAGGUGCACGUCAGGAACGGGAGCUCCAGGAUGAACACAUCUGACAUGACGCCGUUUCCUUCAGCCACUGCAUCUUCCCGUUUGAUCGUUUCUGCUCUCCGAAGGCUUUUUUCUCAAAGACGGGGGACAGUGUGCCAUACUCGUCAGGCCAUCACUUUCAGUUGCCAAUAUCUGUUACAGGUUCUUAGUUUGAUCUCGUUCUUCAUGGUCAAGAAGAAAAGCAUGUCUGUAUCUUCACCUGAGCUCGUGCUCCCGUUAGUUUUCUGACUGGAGAGGAUGUGAGAGUUUUUACACUGAAAGGAUGAAGCUGCUGAGGAGCAGCGGCCUCACAGGGAUGAUGGAGUUCAUGGAGACGCCUGCAGCUCCACAGCUUUAUGUCGACUGUUCAAAGGGAUCAGAAGAUUGUGCUAAAUCACUUAGAGAGCAUUUUUGUUGUAAAUGUUUGGAUAUCAAUAAAAGCAUUCCUUUAAAUGAA